AAGGGCCAAAAGACAGCGGAGAGAAACCAGAGGGAAAGUCCUUGAAGAUGUCACCUGCCAGUUUGGUUUUUGCCUGGUUACUGUUCACCACGAGGAUGGUCACCUCCACAGUGUAUCUGGAGCCUGAGGAGGAGGAGCUCAAUGAAACUGUCAUUUGUACUAAUGACCAUAUGGAAGUUGUCAUUCCCAGUGCUUUUUUCCUCAACAAAGAGCCUCCAGUUUAUGUUUGGGAUUUGCAUUUAAAUGAUCCAGAGUGCCGUGGUGCUGAGGUCGGAGACGACUAUGUUUUCAGCAUAAAGACAAAUCUCUCCGACUGUGGAACAAUAGUGGCCUCAGAUGACUCUCACAUCAUGUUCAUAAACACGAUACACAACAACGAUUCUGAAGUUAUAACGAGAAACUAUAUCAACAUCACAUUUGUGUGUCGCUACCCCGUUAACUACCUCGUCCAACAACCCAACAGUGAAAACAUGAUAAGAGUUGAUGUCAGAACUAUCACUUUGAACACAGAGGAUGGCAACUUUUCUGUGUCAAUGUUGCUGUACAAAGAUGAAGCCUUUGAGGACAAAUGGACCACUGUGCCCUCGCUGACACUGGAUGAUGACAUCUUUGUAAAAGUUUUCAUGAUACCGGCUCACCUGAUGCUGCGCAUGGAGAGAUGCUGGGCUACUCCAACCAGUGAUCCAUACAGCAAUAUUCAGUACACCUUCAUCAGAGACAGCUGCCCGGUGUUGUCAAACGAACAGACCCUGAGUGUGCUGAAGAAUGGCCAGGGUCCAGAUGCCAUGUUCAGGAUACAAAUGUUCAAGUUUGUCGGCAGCUCUUACACCAACGUCUUCCUCCAUUGCAACGUACAGAUCUGCCACAACACUGUGGGGCUGUGCCAGCCCAACUGUACCAGUGAAGAUGGAUUAAUGAGGACCCGGAGGGACAUACCUCUCUCUCAUACUGUGUCUUACGGACCAAUCAGACGACUAUCAAGUGAUAGUGAAAAGCCCAAUCUGGCUGCAGGCGGAGUACCACCUGUGGAGACUUUUGUCCUCGGAGGGCUGCUGGUCGUCUUGCUGCUGAUCACUGGAGUGUUUGGGAGAUUGUGGCUUCGCUCCAGACGGUUUUACCCGGCGCGGGAAGCACAGCUCACCCUGUCCAACAUUCACCACAUCUCAGAGGUGGCCUCAUGAGUGUGAGACAGGGAUAAGGGACCUUUUUGCGCAAAGAAAUGGACAAAAAAAAAACCUGAUAAAAA